ACAAGAUUUGUUUAUUUACAAAUUGGACCAAGAAUCAAAAUUGUUUUUGAAUCGAGAUUAUCACCGACUGUUACUAUGUAGAAUAAUUUUCCGAGGGGAAAUGGAAUCGUUCAUCAUAUCGAAUUGAGAAAGAAGUUUUGUGUUGAUUGAGCUCUGAAGAUUCUGAAAGAUUAGGGUUCGGACUUGCACCGGAAGAAGAUGAGGACCAAGAGUCGCCGUGGCGGAAGGUCCAGGCCUUCCCGGCGUUCCUCCGAUUCUUAUCCGUCGUUUAUGGCGUCUCCCUCCGUCCCUGACCGGAAUAUGCCGAAUGCCGAAGACAACACUUUGAAUGAUGGAUUUGUAUCUGGUCAGGAUGCGUGCAAUGCAGAAGAUAACGCUCUGAAUGAGGCAUCAAGGAAGGAAACUCACGAUGUGCUGGAUAAGGAAGAUUGUUUUCAGAAAGACACUUGUAUUAGAUGCGAUGAGGGUGGUGGCUUGUUGGUCUGUACUGAAAUUGGAUGUCCAAUUGCUCUUCAUGAGUACUGUAUGUCCUGCAAACCCUCGUUCGAUGAAGAGGGGCGAUUCUAUUGUCCUUAUUGUUCAUAUAAAAGAGCUUUGGUUAUUGUGAAUGAGCUAAGGAGAAAGGCUAUGGCGGCAAAGAGGAAGUUAUCUGAUUUCAUUGAUAACAGGAUGGUUAGUGGUGCCAAUUCACCGCAGUUAGGAGAGGCAGGUAAGAAGAAAGUAACUGAUGUAUCAACUUGUGGAGUAGAUGUGGAUCUGCCUAAUCACGAGAGUUCGCGAGAUCAGGAGGAUAUGCAGGUUGGGCAAAAUCAAAGUAAUCAAGGGGAGGACCAUGCGAGAACAGCAGGAGAUGUUCAACUAUCGACAGUGAUGGGGGUUAACAGCAAAAAUCAUGAGGGUCCUAGCGUGUCUAGUGUUAGCAACGGCAUACAUUCUACUCAUGAAGUUCAGCCAUGUGAGGAUGCUAUGAAUGAAGAUGGAACUCAUCAGGAUGAAAGUUUAGAAGAUAAAGAAGAUGGGAAAACGAUGGAAGAAGAAAACUUAAGGUUCACAGAUGACAUUGAGGACAAAGAGAUCGUGAAGGAUCAAGGUCAACCCGAGAUUCAGAAUGAUGAGGAAGAGAUUGCUGUAAAUGACGUUGAUCUUGGGGCAGGACGAGCAUCUCAAGACACAGGCGAUGGUGCAGAACGAAUCCAGCCUGAAAAUAUCUAUCCUGCAUCUGGAAAUAAUGAUUUGAAGAACGAAACAUUCGUGAAGAAAAAGCGCUUCAAAAUGAAAGCUAAUAGGAAAGUAGACCGGAAGGAUUUUAAUUCUCCUAGAAUGUCAUUGCGUCGACAAACUCCAGAUCAUGGGACAAAGUCACCUCAUAUGCAAACUCCAAAACGGGAGAAAACAUCUCCUCAUAUACAAACACCAAAGCCUGGGAAAGAUCGAUCAACCAAAGUCGAGAAAGUUUCUACAUCUGGAAAGUUAAAGAUGAAACCAUCGUCGCCUAAUCAAUUCAAAAACUUGAUGUUUCACGGUGAGAAGCGUAAGAGAAUGCGAUGGUCUACCGAAGAGGAGGACAUGUUGAAGGAAGGAGUUCAGAGAUUCUCUUCUUCAGUAAACAAAAAUCUUCCGUGGAGGAAAAUUUUGGAAUUCGGUCGUCAUAUAUUUGAUGACACUCGUACUCCAGUUGACCUGAAAGAUAAAUGGAGAAAUAUUGUGGACAAGUAGUUGCAAUGGAUUACUAGAAGGUAACUUCCAUAACGAUUAAUAGCAAGGUAAUCGAUGUAUAAUUAUGUUCGAAUUUUCCUCUCGGAUCAUGUCCUCUUUGUAAAUGGUGGGGCUCUAACUAUUCGUUUUCGUGUUCGAAGUUUAGUUAAAAGAUAGAUAGGUUUAAAUCGUAUUUUUGUUCAGUUCAACUUCGUACUUGUAUUCUCCGAACAUUUUGGUUCGUGUAAUUUGAGCUUUUGUUCAUUUGGUCCA